AUGCCUUCAAUUAAGACACAUCAAACCAUAACCAUGGCGAAUUUUAGGAUAAUUUGUACGGCAAUCAUCUAUAUUAUAUCCACUAGUACGUCUGUUGUAUUGUUUGAGUUAGCGCCGAAUUAUGCUUUGACGUACGACGAUUAUGCCAAUUUAUGUGCUCCGACCAUUUCGUGUGACUCCAAUAUCAAAUAUCGAAGUAUUAAUGGAUCAUGCAAUAAUUUAAAAACUCCGUGGUUAGGUGCUUCUAUAACUCCACAUUUACGAAUACUUGAUGCUUACUACGAUGAUGGAGAAUAUGAAUUCCGUAGACAAACAAACGGCAAUCCAUUGCCCAACGCAAGAUACAUUCAAUUGAAAUUGUUUCUUGACAAACAGUUUCCGUAUCCAAACGAUCAUAAUGUCCUUUUUAUGGAAUGGGGUCAAUUUAUUGCACACGACACAACCCAUCUACCACCCGACGUCUCAGUCAGUAGCAAUUGUUGUGAUUUGCAAAAAAACAAUCCGGUGCCUCCACAAUGUCAAGCGGUCAUUGAAGUACCGGCAAACGAUCCGACUUAUUCUAAACUCGGACAGACGUGCAUCAAUUUUAACCGUGCGCGGACGUCUAUUUCCGACGGCUGUCAAUUAAAACCUGCAACAUUUAUGGUCCAGGCGACACAUUUCAUCGACGGAUCUCAAAUAUACGGUUCCAUAGAAGAACUCGCAACAAACUUGCGGUCGUUCAAAAACGGUCGAUUAAAAUCGGACUUUUCCGUAGGUCAGCAAGAAUUUUGCCCGCAAAGGAAUCGAACGUCAUUGCGAUGUGACACGUCGGUACAUUCGUUAAUUUGUUAUUUUGCUGGUGACAGUCGAGUAAAUCAAAAUCUAGCAAUAGCUCUUUUUCAAAACAUUUUUUUGAGAUUCCACAAUAUUGUAGCUUAUCAGUUGUAUCGUUUCAAUCCAUUUUGGUCUGACGAAGAAAUUUACCAAGAAACGCGUAGAAUCGUAAUCGCCGUCAUUCAGCACAUUACUUACACUCAUUAUCUGCCAAUUUUAUUAGGAGAAAAGUUUAUGUAUUCUCACGGAUUCUUCGGACAAACAGUAUAUGACGAAACUGUAAAUCCAAGCACGACCUUGGAGCAUUCGACUGGUGCGUUCCGAAUACUUCAUAAACAAAUUCCUUCUGUUUUAAACAUGAUAGAUGAAAACCACUUUAACUUCCAUCGCGUUUUACUCACCGAUUGGAUGAACAUUCCCGAUCUUCUGCCAUUACCAAAUAACUUUGAUGGACUAUUGCGUGGAUUUCAAGAGACGCCUACUCGUGAAGAACAACCGUCUUAUAACACUUGGAUUUCAAAUUUCUUAUUCCAACAAACCACACCAAAAUUCAGAAGCAGUGAUUUGCUCUCGGCAGAUAUACAAAGAGGUCGCGAUACCGGAAUGCCGCCUUAUAAUAAAAUGAGAUCGGUUUGUGGAGUCCCGGAAGCUACAGAAUUUGACGACCUAAUUGAUUUAAUCGCUUACGAAGACAUCCAAAAAUUGAAAACCCUCUACUCUUGUGUGGACGACAUCGAUUUUAUCGUGGGUGCACUAUUAGAAAUGCCCGCCGAAGGUUCAAAAGUUGGUCCCACGUCUCAGUGCAUAAUAGCCGAUAAUUUUUACCGACAAAAGAUUGGUGAUCGUUUCUUUUACGACGUACGAGGACAACCUGGAAGCUUUACACCGGAACAAUUACAUACAUUGAAAAACGUGAAUUUUGGCAGUGUAAUAUGUGCGACGUCUAAUCUCCGCUAUUUACCAGAAGACAUAUUUAUGCCGUUCGACAGCAAAUCUAAUACAAGACAAAUCGAUUGUAACGCUUUUACAUUAAAUCUGAACGCGUGGAAGGAUAUUUAUUUUAGUGAUUAACUAGUCAUAAG